CAUACUCAGCUGAUUUCCAGGAAAAUUGUCGGAGCAAAAUUUUCUUCUUCUUUUUUUUGUCCCAUCUUUUUUCCAUCGCCCACCUCCAACUUCCGUUUAUUUACAAUCUUUCCACCAAACAGCUUCGUGAGUGUCCAUCCCUUUGAACAGGAACUCACUCUCAUUUUCUCUCACGCACGACGAGCAGACUACUCGAUAAGGGUGAGAAAUUUCCCAUUUUCCGGGGUAACUCUCGGUCGACGGGGAACCACUAGGCUAAUGUAACGUUCUGAACGGUUCUUUCCGGUCUCCCGAAAGCACCGAAAUAAAAAGCUUACCAAAGUCAGUCACCGUCACUGUACGAAGGCAAGUCAGUUGAAUAUGAACCUUCCCUGCAAGCGGACGCACUAGUGGUGUUUGGAUCGUCAUAGUGUGCUGUGUACUGUGCGAAACGUUCCCUAUCAAGCGCACACAUACAACCGACGCGUACAUACACAAACACACGCACGUUACAUUAUUCGCGUCCCGGUGUGGAGUUGUUUUUUUUUGCUUUUUUGCUCUGCUCGUUGUGUAGUAAGUGGUUUUGUUUUAUCGCUUUGUAUGGAAGCGGAAGAAGGAAGGGUCGGUCGGUGCCCGUUUCUCUUUUCACUAUUGAUUGCCUUUCAUUUUGGGUGCCUACUUGUGAUAGUGUUCUAAGCAUCAAAUGUAUCAAUGGUUGCUAUUGGCAGCGUGAGGAAGCAGUGAAGGUGCUACAGUGUAAAUAAAAAAAAACACGAAACGCUCCAUUCAAUGGAGACGCCUGGUGGUCGAACCGUUUAACGUUUCGUUCGGUGUUUGAUGUUUUCACGCAAGCUUACCUUUUUUGUCUUUCUGGCAGGCUUUUGCUGGGCAGGUAUUAUCAACAAGUACAAGUUCGAUAUAAACGUGUGAUUGGUGAAAAAUAAAAUAGCAAAAAAAGUGUUCUUCGUUUGCGACUAGACAGCAAAGGAUUAAAGUGAACAAAGUGUCAAAAAAAGCAAAGUGUUGUUGCGUGUGGUGUCGGUUUGUGUUAAGCCGUGCGAUCCUUCCUGGAUACACCUGGAGUGUAAGGAGUGUUAAAUCGUUUCUUCUACUCGCAACACAAGGAUGUACACGGUGGACAGUUUCGGUCUGCCCAUGGCUAGACGUUGGCUGACGCACCUACCAACACGAACGACCAGCGCCCUACUAUAAUAAUGGUUUUAGCAGACAAUAACGUGUUUGAAGUGGACUAGUGAUAAUUAGAGUAGUUCGUUUGGUGGUGCUGCAGCUUCUGGGCCGAAAACCUUAGGGGCACGUGUGUUCAGUUUGCGACCGAACGUACCGGAGUGAAGAACUGUGGAUUUAACCUCCACCAAAGCCAACCAGUGCAAACGUACUCCUUUUUUCUACGAUGUGCUCCACGGUGGAGUUGGUGGAGUGCUCCAGGUAAUGCUAAACAAGAGCCAUCCACGUUCGGUGACUUAUCCCGGGAGCAUCGUUAUGCUGUAAAUCUGAAUAAAGGCAUUACCAUAACUCAAGCUAACCGAACGAGGCGAGUGUUUCUGUGCUUGGGAAGAUCAGCACGGGGAAAAAAUAGAUAGAAACACACGGUGACACGGAUACACUACUGUGUGGCUGGUGUAAGUGCUGUUUGAAGUUAACGAAAAGAAGGAUAAUAUCGCACACAACAAUUGCUCGAGAUAGGAGCAACAGGAAAGCAGCAGCAGCAACUGUACUGGAUCCCGGCACAACGACCCGGGAGCGGAAAAGUGUUUGCCAUUAGCCUGCUCAAGCUUGUCGUUAAAAUGUGGAACCGUCUCUCGCCGACCAAUUCCAAUAGACUGUUGCACGAUAAUGCAUAGCGUAUCACUCUGGAAGGCCCGGAUCCGCCCUGGAUGCAAGGCCCCCUUAAGGUUGCGUUUCUGGGGGCCUCCGGUGUUGGACGUACCAGUAUCCUACAGCAAUUUUUUAAGCUCGACUUUCCGAAGGAACACAUCCGCACCUCUAAGCGGACCGUCUAUCGGAGCUGUCUGGUCUGUGAUACCUGCAUACGCGAGCUGAUGGUACUGGAUGUGCCACCGCAGAAGUAUUUUCCGAUCGAUAAUCUGGCCGAGUGGAAUAACGGCCAUCCGCUAGGUUUGCGUACCGUCCAUACGUACGUGCUGGUGUACGACAUGGGGAAUCUGGACACCUUUCAGUACUGUCGCAAUAUGCGUGAUCAAAUUUUGGAAAGUUUCAAUCACCGUGAUUUUAAGAUAAUGGUUGUGGGCAACAAGGUUGAUAUGGUAUCUAACCCUCAUACUCAGGAACUGAAGGACAUUUCCACCCUCGUACGGAAGCACUGGCGCUGCGGGUACGUCGAAUGUUCGGCAAAGCACAACUACAAAAUUGGAGACAUUUUCAAGGAACUGAUGGGCUACCCGGUCGGUGGGACGGCACCAAAGCUGGAGUUCACACAAUCGAUUGGUUCGAAAAAUCGUUGUACAAUACUCUAGUAGUAGCUGAACUGGAGGGUUCCUCCAAAGCUACUGCUAAUGGCAGCUGUCAUCGGGAUCAUCGGCAAAAUUCCAAUGGCUAAAUCCAUCCAAACGCUUCGAUCGCACCUUCAGCGAAAAACUCCCAUCUGAAGUGCCAACCACGCAUCCAUCGCAUCCAGCAACAUUCGUCGUCCAGUGGAACCGGACACUGCGCUUCCCGUAUCUGCAACCCUGUGAAUUGGUUUUUGCGAGGAAAACAUUUUUUUAGAAUAGUUUUCUUUCAUCUCAUGCAAAGGUUAGCACACCAGUUCCACGCACUUUCCUGUCCACCAUUUAUGCAAAAUUGCCGGCGUUUACGAAAAGAUUUUAUUGAAUCUUGUUCCAAUGUGUUUCAUCGCAGGACUUCGUGGAAAGUCCUCCAGGAUAUAAGUCGAACGAUAAAUGAGGGAAACUGUAAUUAAUAUAGUGUAUUAAGUCAAUAAAGCAUUAGACCAGCAGUAGUAGUACCACGGAUACCACAAGACAAACGGUGCAAUGAAAGGCACAGUUAGCUUUAGAGCAUGCAGUUACAGCACCACACCUAACCUCAAUGUAUUGACAGCAGCCAUAGCUGUACACUAGCCGUCGUUAGUAACCCAUCAUCAUCAUCAUCAUCAUCGAAAAUAGGCCACACGUUUUACUUCCCCGUUUGUACAUACAAAGGACCCGCACGAUUUUACGUGAUUUAAAAAGAGAUAGACAAUAACAGUUACCAUCGCACCUUUACAUGGGAUGCUUCAGUUAGGACACCCCUCGACAUUUGAUGGCCAGUACGUAGUAGUUGCGUAGGAUCGUAUGUAUAUGUGUGUGUAUGUACAUGUGUGUACGUAUGAGUGUAUAGUUGUGUGUGUGUGUACGUUUAAGAAUACACAUUUUAGAGGAUGCAGUUUUGCUUGCAUUGAGCUUUUGCAGCUUUUUCCGUGCAUCGAACGCCGGUUCGGUUCGGUUUCUGUUUGCCAUUGCCGCUUUAGAAGUUGCCAGAAGUUGUUGUUAGAAAAGUUAAAACAUACAUUAGGCUGUAGGGUGUAUUGCGUUGCCGCCGUACGAUUGGAAUCAGAACGUUAGCUGAUUUGUUACUAUUACUUAGAGCAGAACGCAGAAGUUUGGCGAGUAGUUUGCCGAUGCGGGCGUGAUUAGUUGUUAUCGAUUAGUUAGCUCGUUAAUGGAAGGUGUUAAAAGAGUUACCGUGUCGGUUCCACAUUUGGUGGAAUGUAAGUCUCCUCCUGGCCAGUCACAUUGUACAUAUGGCUUUGUGUUGUUGAAUAAGAUACACUGUAACGGCGGGUGGAAAAUAGUUUACGUUUAAAAAAGAAACUGAAACCUACUGCCACGAUUUAGUGCAAUUGUUAUACAACAUUUUUGUUAUACUUUCUUGUCAUAUGUUUUAUUUUAAUACCUCCUUAAAUGGACUCUUUUAAGAAGAAAAUAAAGAAGAAGAGAAUAAAACCAUUAUCAUCAGGAAACUAGAAAGAAGUUCAAGAAUGAUUGUAAGUGGUGCUCUUACAAGAGUAAUUUAAAAGUAUUUGCUUUAAUUUCGAUACGUUUCGUUCAUUGCAGCUAGCAGUAUUGUUGUGACUAAAUUGUAAAAAAAACAAAAUAAUUAUGAAAUUGGCCAAAUAAACGACUAGCGUUGUAGGACAGAUAUGAGGAACACAUAUGCAUAGGUGGUUCGACAAGGCUAGGUAUGACUGAACGAAGGCAAAAUACUGUUAUCAGAUAUUGAAUCAAGCAAUGUUAGUUGAAAUAUAACAAUAAAAAUAUCUGCCAGAGAGUGGAAAACUUA